ACUCCCAAGCCUAUAUUUUUCGUACAACAAAUAAAAAUUGUUAAGUUAAUUCGACACCCGUUUCUACGGCGUUUUAGGUUAGGGACUUAGGGCCAUUCAAUGCCCACCUUUUAGUUUAGAUAAGAAUUCCACGGACAAUUUUUGUAGAAUUGAAUUUGUUUUCAGCUGUCCUUUUGUCAUUGGAUUAUUUUUGGUGUACAAGUACAAGCUACCUUUUGUGUAACAUCCUGGAUUGUGGAUUGGUCGAGUGAUCAGUUUAUUGGGUCGCAGAAGGAAAUGUAGGGUUAGAAUUUUAUCCAUUGGUCAAUGACAAACCCUCAAAUGAAUGCGUUCAUCUUAUGUUAAUGUUUCCGUAGUGAAUAAGUUGGACCAGUGACCAAAGUAUAGCCUUUGAAAGGAAGCAGUUAGGUAAGGGUUAGGGAGGGAGUUUGGGAGUUUAGGGGUAUAUAUAAAGUUAAAUGGCUGGCUUAUCAGAAAAACCUCAAGCUCUUGGAAUUGACCAAGAAAGUGCUGAAGCUAAUAAGAAUAGCAGCAGCAACAAGAAGAGUGUACACAACAGGCUUUUGGAGAAGGACAAGGAAGAGGGAGGUCAAGGGGGUGAUAUGUCUCCUUCUGCUGGGAGCUCAAUCAAGAGGUCAGGUUCAAGGCCUCAACUUGAUGUUAGCAAAGCCGAGAUUCAAGGGAAUGUAGAAGAGAAGUAUCCAACUAUUUUGUUGCCAAAUCAGUCUGAUGACUUGUCUCACCUUGCUCUUGACAUUGGAGGAUCACUGAUAAAGUUGGUAUAUUUCUCAAGACAUGAAGACCAAUCAACUGAUGAUAAAAGGAAGAGGAGUGUGAAGGAGAGACUUGGACUUUCUAAUGGUAAUAGGAGAAGCUUCCCUAUUCUUGGUGGGAGGCUUCACUUUGUGAAGUUUGAGACAAGAAAGAUUAAUGAGUGCUUAGAUUUCAUUAAUUCAAAGCAACUUCAUCGAGGCGGGGCAGAAUCACCGUACGCUGAUGGUGCAACUGAUGGGAAUGCGAUAAUUAAGGCUACUGGUGGUGGAGCAUACAAGUAUACUGACCUUUUCAAAGAAAGACUUGGAGUUAGUCUGGACAAAGAAGAUGAAAUGGAUUGUCUUGUUGCUGGAGCAAAUUUCUUGCUAAAGGCAAUUCGGCAUGAAGCUUUCACACACAUGGAAGGCCAGAAAGAGUUUGUUCAAAUUGACCCUAAUGACUUGUUUCCUUAUCUACUAGUCAACAUUGGAUCUGGUGUUAGUAUGAUCAAGGUUGAUGGAGAUGGGAAAUUUGAGAGAGUUAGUGGGACAAAUGUUGGUGGUGGUACUUAUUGGGGCUUGGGAAGACUGUUAACAAAGUGCAAGAGCUUUGACGAGUUGCUUGAGUUGAGUCAGAAAGGAGAUAAUAGAACUAUUGAUAUGCUUGUUGGGGACAUUUAUGGUGGAUUGGACUAUUCUAAGAUUGGCCUAUCAGCUUCCACUAUUGCAUCAAGCUUUGGAAAAACUAUAUCCGAAAAAAAGGAGCUUGAAGACUACAGACCCGAAGAUAUAUCGCUCUCUCUUCUGAGGAUGAUAUCAUACAAUAUUGGCCAGAUAUCCUACUUGAAUGCAUUGCGAUUUGGGUUAAAACGUAUCUUUUUUGGAGGAUUUUUUAUAAGGGGCCAUGCCUAUACCAUGGACACUAUUUCUUUUGCAGUUCAGUUCUGGUCCAAAGGGGAGGCACAAGCAAUGUUCUUGCGACACGAAGGUUUCUUGGGAGCUUUAGGUGCAUUUAUGAGUUAUGAAAAACAUGGUUUAGAUGACCUCAUGGUGCAUCAGUUAGUCGAAAGGUUCCCAAUGGGCGCUCCAUAUACAGGAGGCAAGAUUCAUGGCCCACCGCUUGGAGAUUUGAAUGAGAAGAUUUCGUGGAUGGAGAAGUUUUUGCGGAAGGGAACUGAGAUCACUGCGCCUGUUCCAAUGACACCAGCUGCUGGAACUACUGGACUUGGUGGUUUUGAUGUUCCACUAUCAAGAGGAAGUUCUCUACGGUCCGAUGCAAGUGCUUUGAAUGUUGGUGUUCUCCAUCUUGUCCCCACUUUGGAUGUGUUCCCAUUGUUAGAAGACCCAAAAACGUAUGAGCCUAAUACAAUUGAUCUUGCAGAUCCCAGUGAAUUAGAAUAUUGGUUCACUAUUUUGUCAGAGCACUUGCCAGAUCUUGUGGACAAGGCUGUAGCAAGUGAAGGCAGAACAGAUGAUGCCAAACGAAGGGGUGAUGCAUUUGCUCGAGCAUUUUCUGCCCACUUGGCACGGUUGAUGGAGGAGCCUGCUGCAUAUGGGAAAUUAGGCCUAGCCAAUUUAUUGGAAAUGAGGGAAGAGUGCUUGAGAGAGUUCCAGUUUGUUGAUGCCUAUAGAAGUAUAAAACAGAGGGAAAACGAGGCAUCACUUGCUGUUUUACCUGACUUGUUGAUGGAGAUUGAUAGUAUGGAUGAGGAAACAAGGCUGCUUACUCUGAUUGAAGGUGUUCUUGCUGCGAAUAUUUUUGAUUGGGGAUCUCGUGCAUGUGUGGAUCUCUAUCAUAAAGGAACUAUUAUUGAAAUUUACAGAAUGAGUCGCAAUAAAAUGCAGAGACCUUGGCGGGUGGAUGAUUUUGAUCUCUUCAAAGAGAGAAUGUUAGGAACCGGGGACAAGAAAAAGCCCCCUCAUAAAAGGGCUUUGCUUUUUGUAGACAAUUCAGGUGCUGACAUUGUUCUAGGGAUGCUUCCCCUGGCAAGGGAGCUCCUCCGUCGUGGAACUGAAGUGGUUCUUGUGGCAAACUCCCUUCCCGCUUUAAAUGAUGUGACUGCAAUGGAGCUUCCUGAUAUUGUAGCCGAAGCUGCCAAGCACUGCGAUACUCUAAGGCGUGCUGCUGAAGCUGGAGGCUUGCUUGUGGAUGCAAUGAUUAACAGCUCACGCAGCUCUAAAGGAAAAUCAUCUUCUGUUCCGUUGAUGGUUGUUGAGAACGGGUGUGGUAGUCCGUGUAUAGACUUACGACAAGUCAGUUCCGAGUUGGCUGCUGCAGCCAAAGAUGCCGAUUUGAUAAUCUUGGAAGGGAUGGGUAGAGCUCUCCAUACUAACCUCAAUGCUCGAUUUAAGUGUGAUGCUUUGAAGCUUGCAAUGGUGAAAAAUCAGAGAUUGGCUGAAAAGUUGUUAAAAGGGAACAUAUAUGACUGUAUUUGCAAGUAUGAGCCUGCUAGUUGAAGUUUUCCUUGGAUGGAAGGAAUCUGUAACAAAUUUCUGGGAAAAGAUGGUGAAUCAAUUCUUUUUUCUUUUAAAGAAAAAAAAAACUAUUUUUGUAUUUGUGCACAAUGCACUAGUAUUUAACUAUUUAUAAUCCUUUUUUUUUAUAAUUAAAUUUUGAAUAAUUGAGGUACCAAUUGUUAUAUUAAACCUUGUAUAUUAGCCUGCCUCAAACUUUAGAUGAAUAAGAUAAUAUUUGCAUUCGUCGUA